AUGGCUUGUGAUGAGUGCUACUGGGCUGGGAGGGAUCCCAAGGCGUUUCUUGAAAUGAGAGCAGAAUGUCUCCGGAUCGAUUCAGCCUUCGACGCCGAGGCAGAAAAGAAGAAAGAGGUAGAGGUUAUAAUUGAUAGGAUUAUGGAUAAUGAUUGGGACUCAACGUUUUUCUUUUCGACAGAUCUUUAG